AUGUAAGAACCUUUACUUAAUUAAGAUAAAGUAAUUAAAAUAUUAGGAAUAGAUCGUAAUUUAUUAUUUUUGAGUCUCCUAAACUUUUUUCUAAAUGCCACAGUGUCCCUAAUAGUUCCAUUCUAUCCUACUAUUGCUACAAUAAGAGGAGUAAACGCCACAAUUACUGGUUUAGUAUUUUCCAUGAACCCUGUAGGAAGUUUCUUAAUAUCUUUUUAUAUUGGAAGUAUGAUGGAAAGAUUAGGAAAAAAAUAAAUUAUGUUUUGGUCUAUGCUAGUAUAAGUUCUAACUGUAGUAACUUUCGGGCUAAUUUAUUACAUAAAUGAUAAAACUACAUUUAUAAUAGUAUCUAUGGUAACAAGAUUUAUAUAAGGAGCAUCUCGUUCAGCUUAUGUAUCUGUAACUUUUGGAUAUGUACCUUAAUUAUGGCCAAAUACAGUUUAAUAGAAAUUAGCUAUAAUGGAAACUUUAACUGCUAUAGGACUUUUAUUAGGUCCUGUGGUAGGAUAAGCAUUAAAUAAUUUGAUUUCCUUAUAUAGCGAUUCUAUGGGAUAUUAAAUGCCUUUUUAUUUUUUCGGUUUAUUAUUUAUAAUAAUGAGUUAUACAAUUAGAUGGCUACCGAAAGACUAGAAAAAUAAAAAAGAAAUAGAUUAUGUAUCUUCAUUAACUUGUAUGAAAAACUGUAAUGUUCUUUUAACUUUUUUUCUUGUUGUAACCGCUUCUACUAGCACUUCUUAUAUAAACCCAUUAUAUUCAGGACAUAUGGAUUAAUUGGGACUAUCUAAGUCUUAUAAUGGGUAUCUUUUUUCAUUAGGAGCUUUAUCUUAUAUGAUUUUCUUAUAUAUAAUACCUUAAAUGAGUAAAGUUUUCGAUAAAAAAGUCAUUUUGUCUAUAGGAUUACUUAUGUGUACGAUUGGAUGCCUUAUUAUGGGCGCUGAGGAGUAUUUAGGAUUUUCAAUAUAGAAAAAAUAGUGGUAUUUAGUAACUAUUGGACAAUGCAUUAUUGGGGCAGCUAUGGCUAUGUGUGUUAUUCCUAUAAUACAGGAAUUUGUAGAACUUAUAUUAAAGAAUGAAUUGAAGAUUAGGAAAUAAAUUUAACCUGAUAUGAAAUUAAUUAGGGCUUGUUCUGAUAUGGCAGCUGGCAUUUUUGUGGGAGGAUAUUCUUUGGGUAUUUUUAUUGGACCAACUUUUGGAGGACUUAUGCUAGAUACAUUUUAAGGGGAGGAAAUUUUUAGGUUUUAGAAAAUUUGCAGAGUGUUUGCGUUAGUAAGUGUUAUUGUUUUGGUACUAUAUUUAAGUAUAGGAGGAGGAUAUUAAGGAUAUAAAAAUAUUAAGAUUUUCUAGAAGAAAAAGAAAGUUGAGACUCAAAGCUCAUAGAAUAAUAAUAAUACAGAUGAUAAUUCCUAAACUAAUAAUAUUAAUGUUAAUAAUAAUAAUAAUAUAAGUACUAUAGUUAAUAAUAAUAAUUAAAAUAAUAAUUUAAUAAGUAAAUAAAAACUAAGUGAUAAUUCUAAUGGAUUGUAAUCAGAUAAUAAACAUGUAAAUAAUAAUUAUUAAUAAGUGAAUGAAGAUGAUAACAAAUAAUUUGAAAAUAAAAUUAUCCAAAUUAAGUGA